AUGGUUCAAUUCGUAAUUACGCCCUGGCGAACGCGUCGCGAGCUUCUCCAAGUGCGCGAAAAGCUUUACCAAAAUACUGAGACAACCCCUCCUAAUGAUUCUUAUCGUCGACAAGCCGUCUGCCUCAUAUCCGUAUGGAUGCAACGAGGAAAUUGUCCGCAUCUCGUCGAGUCCUCUGCGAUCAUUACUUCAGCUAUUCUAAAUGAUGUUCCUGGAAAUUCAUCCUAUUGUGUAAGAGCUGCUUAUUCUGCUGCUUUCUGUCGUUUCGUUACAGGUCUCCUAGAUAGUCAUCAAGAUAAACGUCGCAAAUUAAGUAUGUACUCAAUUGCGAAAACAAUCGGUCUACCAGCUACAUACGUCGAACUUCGGCAUCAGGCUACCCACGAAGAACUCCCAUCACUUCCUAAACUUCGAAUAGCUGCGCGCAAAGCAUUGAAGUGGAUUUGGGAUUUUUACUGGGCAGAUUUAUCAAUCAAUGAAAAGGAUGAUGAUUGCAAGAUAUUCGUACGAGGGGUUCUAGAGCGGAAGGAUCAAGGAAUCAAUCUGAAUAUGAUUAAGGAUCGACUUGAAGCCUACGGGAUAGACGACCUUCUUCGUGCGCUAGGUGAACUGGAGGAAUCUCUAGAAGACCCAAUGACGAUAUUACAAGCGCACAAUUUCCGACAGAAGAUAUCUGAUUGGGAAGAAUCUAAAUCUCCUAAAAGGAAAAGCACAUCUGUUCCCAAUACAACCGCCCGAGAUCUUAACGAUAUCCGAGCGGGAAUGGUGAAAAUGGAACAUGAUUUGGAUACUGCCGCUGCAUCCAUACAAAUACCUAAAGACGACAAAUCUUUUGCGAAUAGUACGGAGAAAGGCUGGUCGCGCUGGGAAGGGCCGUGGGUACCAAAACCAAUAGGAGUGCUGUGAUGCAAAGAUUUGGAUUGAUGCCCAAUAUUAAUGACCACGUGCCCCGGCAUAUUAUGCCCUAGUACAACGACCAAAAGCUCAACCCUACUGAAAGAAAUCUUUAGCAUCAAGAUUGUCCUCCAUGUUGCAUGUCUCGAGCAUCGAAUAUGGCGGAAUGAGCGGAUGCUUCAAGAGUGGGGUUGAGAUGUACAAUAAUCAUCUCGUGCAGCAUAUUUUUGGUUUAAUGCUGGGGUGAUGCGCGUUGAGCAGUUUCCGUUCUCCACAUGGAUUUGAAUGCAUUCAAUGCAAAGCACCCGGAUUGUGGCGGGUCAAGAAAGUUCUUCAUGAAUAUGAGAGUUGGCAGAAGGGCUUAUGCAUGUAAGCCAUUUCGAUAUUCCCAGUCAGUUACACCGUAUUAUUCAUGAAUAUUUAGCCAUGGGAUUCUUCCUGCUUUGUCAGCAUUAUCUCUUUACACACUGCUACAUUCCUCAACCAGACUUUGCGAGGUUAAUAUCCUUGAGCAAGAUUCAAGAUACAUUGGUCCUUGACCAAGGGUAUACGUCAAAUGAGUAUUGCCAAAAUCCCCAAAUUGUUACUAUUUUUUAUUACAAAUUUAUCAAGACAGAGAGAGAAAGCACCGAGAAUGGAAGUAGUUUUUUCUACCUCGCGGGCACGUCGAUCAAUUUCCAGCAAUCUUACGUACAUCAAUUUGUGCUGAUUUGGUAUCUACUGGCAUGCACUCAACUCAUCUGCUUCGUUCCAUAUGGGCUCUCUUCACCGCUAGCUCCUCUCGGCUUCAUUCUUUUGUCGGAAUUUCCUAAUAGCCGAGAACAAUUUGAAGUUUGCGCAACGGAUAAAUGAUUGCUAUACUCGUGGUUUUAAUUUUAGGCCUUUAACCGGGCUUGAUGACGCAAUGAUUGUUUGUUGGGUCUUAAGAAAAAAUAAAAGAGCCUUCACGAUCAUAACUCCAGAUCUCUAACUCUGAGAUAGUGGGCUAAGAAGUUCCGUAAUGAAAUAAACGUAAUAAAUGUGGCUUCUGGGGCGGUGCACUCAUCUGCAGAGAACAAGACACUUUUUUUAGCUGAUAGGUUUCCAACUGUCUAGGUCGAGGUGGACCGAUCUAGAAGGACUCAGAAUGUGAAUAAAUAAUUAGAGAGGGAAGUUGAUUCAUGCAGGUUCUUUAAUCUUGACUUCCCUUCUUCGCAUUCUAGUC